AACUUAUCCAUUGAUGGUCGAGAAAAGCGGAAAAGGGAGAAAUUGAAGGAAACACGCACAACCGUUGCUGUUCAAAAAUUAUCCCUCUUUCGGACGACAAUUUCCGGAGUUGCCGCCCUGUCAUCGCCUUGUCAUUCCGCACUCUUGAUGUCCGCUUUGGAAAAUAAUAACAAAGUGUAUUUUGCAUAUCCUCGCGGUGUUUUGACGCUGUAGAAUCAUGGUCAGGCACAGAGAGCAUCAGGAGAACGUGCGCCUCGUGCGGCUGGUGAAGCAGAAUCCCUGCCUGUACGACUUCGGGAUGUCUGAGUACUCGGACAGGGAGUUCAUUGAGAAAGUGUGGAAGAAGAUCGCCGACGAGAUGGGCGACAAUCCCCAGAACAUCCGCGACAAGUGGCGGAACCUGCGAACGGUGUUCCUGCGGAAGCUGAAGGCGGAGCAGAACGGACAGACGCUGAAGUGUCGAUACUAUCUGAUGGACGAGAUGAAGUUCAUCAUGCCGUUCGUGAAGAUGACCGUGCCGUAUCAGGUGGUGAAGAGUGCCGCGGACGAGGAGGACAAUCUGGACAGCAAGAACACAGAUGAGGAAGAGGAGUCGGCGAAGAAGCGCGUGCUGCGCGGCCGACGAGUGAAGCCGGAUCCGAGCGAGGAGCAGCGCGACUGCGAGGAGUACGAAGUGGUGCUGGAGGAGCCCUACGUGCAGUCCUCCACCACCACGCCCGGCGACUCCACGGACAAGAAGCGGCUGAUCCGCAGCAUCAUGCAGGAGAUCGACACGGAGAACGAAACCUACUCAAUCAACCUGAGCGAGGUGAAGUCGCAGAAGCGGAAAUUCACCCCCGAAACAGAGAAUCCGCGCAAGCUCUUCCUGCUGAGUCUGAUGCCCGAGAUGGAGCAGAUGACGGACAAACAGAUGAGUGGCUUUCGGCGCAAGGUGCUCGCGCUCCUGGACGACAUACUCUAUCCCGAUGAGUAGUUUAUGU